AUGAGGAAUAAUGGCGGCGGGGCCAACAAGUGUGUUUGACUUCAGUGACGAAUAUAUGCUGUUUCGGGCGAAUAACCUUGAUAAUUCGACAAGCGUUCUUGUUAUAUAAAUAAGUACCAUGGUUAGUACCCUUCUAGUGAAUAAAAUCUCACACGACAGUACCAUGCAACCAAUUCUUAGGCGAGAAGUGGCGCUUGGUGAAUUAGCCUAUAUAUGUCAAGCGGGUUGGUCUUCACUGCCACUAUUACAGCCAGACCUUCAGUGUCUAAAGUGUGGACGUUUUCGAGGGCCGGCUGUGAUGCUCAGCGCGCCGUGCAGGAUCUUUCCCAAAGAUUGAACUGCACUUCGAUAGGUCCAGUUGCACUAGACUUGCGCUCCCAAUACCAGAUUCUCCGGCCGUAUUCGCUAGUAAGUUUCGGAGGAGUGACCUUUUACUACGCUUCAUGAAGAAGG